UUGAAAUAUAUUUAAAUAAAAUUGUUUAUUUAUAAUGAAGCAAUAUUUGGGGCUAGUAUUGGGCUUGGGAACGUCCUUCCCAGGCCCAGUGAAAUAAGGGGCCCGUCAGAGCCCUAGCCCUCAAAGAAGAAAACGGUGCGUUUCCAAUUAAGUUGAAUGGACUGGAGAAUAGGAUUUCAGGUUUCUCUGCUCCCUGCUACUCCUCACUCUUCUUGCAAAACAAUGGCGCGUUUCAAGGCGAAGCAACCGAUGAGGCCCGCCGAGAAACCGAGGAUGCGUCGUCUGAGCAACGCCGAGAGGUCGGCUUACUUUGCCAGGAGAGAGGCGGCGAAGGUACUACGGUCCGUUCUCCAAGGAGACGCUUUUCGACGAGCCGUCGGCUCCAUAAAGACCCUCGUUUAUAGCCCUACUAUUAAGAACAAGAAGGCUACUUUCGCUCUCGUUUGCCAAACACUCAAACAUCUUCCUAUAAUUAAGGAUGUGUUGGAGGGUGCUAACAUAUUGAAUAGUAGAUGGAAGAGGCAAGAGGAAUUGGUUUAUAUAAUCACAUAUGAUAUUCUUUUUGGUCAGGAAAUUUCAUUAAUUGGUGAUGCGGAGAAAUUUCUAGUUCAGCGGAAAGUUUCUCUUCAGUCUGCUUUAGCUCGGCUUUUAGUGAGGAAAAAGGUGAAGCGACUUGAAGACUUGAUUGAUCUUUAUCAAACUCCUGACGUUUCAAAGCCCCGCUAUGUUCGAGUGAACACACUUAAAUUGGGUGUUGAUUCUGCUUUGAUUGAAUUAGGGAAACAAUAUGUGGUGCAGAAAGAUAACCUAGUUCCUGACUUGUUAAAACUCCCCCCAAAAUGUGAUCUUCAUGAUCAUCCUUUGGUUGUGAGUGGAUGUGUGUUUAUGCAAGGGAAAGCGAGUUCUAUGGUGGCAGCUGCUUUGGAUCCUGAACCAGGAUGGGAGGUUCUUGAUGCAUGUGCUGCUCCAGGGAACAAAACUGUCCAUCUUGCUGCUCUUAUGAGAGGGAAAGGAAAGGUUAUAGCCUGUGAACUAAAUAAGGAAAGGAUAAAACGUUUAGAAAACACUGUCAGACUAUCUGGUGCACACAAUAUUGAAGUUCUGCAUGGCGAUUUUCUAAGCUUAGACCCGAAAAAUCCUCUUUACUCCAAGGUCUGUGCUAUUCUUUUGGAUCCUUCCUGCUCCGGAUCCGGUACUGUUGCUGAGAGAUUGGACCAUUUGCUCCCAUCUUAUGCUACUGGUCAAGCGGUUAACAUUGAUGAAAGAGAAAGACUGAACAAGCUGGCUUCCUUUCAAAAGAAAGCUCUAGCACAUGCACUAUGCUUUCCACAAGUUGAGAGAAUUGUUUACAGCACUUGUUCCAUCCACCAAAUUGAAAAUGAAGAUGUCGUCAAGUCUGUUUUACCGCUUGCUGCAUCCCAUGGUUUUCAACUAGCAACUCCUUUUCCCCAGUGGUACCGUCGUGGUCUUCCAGUGCUUGAAGGCUCUGAACAUUUGCUCCGGACUGACCCAGUGGAGGACAAAGAAGGCUUUUUCAUUGCGCUGUUUAUCAGAAAAGAUAGAACCACGAUCCAACCAUUAUUGAAGCCCGAAAGGGCCACUCUUGAUUCUUCUCGUCCCCUUCCUAAAAGAAAGAGACGUCUGAACAAGAAAAAGGGAAGACUUGCAGUGCCAACUCUGUUUGGCGGAAUGUUUAAAAUGCGGUUAUAUUGUAAACCAAGUUCGAGGAUUGACCUGAAAUAAACACCCAUGAUUAAAGCUUUAAUUAAAAAAACUUUGUUAAUUUGAUUUCUUCGAAACCUGUUGUGUCUUCAUCUUCAAAGUUUCUAUGCCUUUUCUUUGUUCCUUUUGAAUCCCAUUAAAUCUAUUUGACUAAUUUUGGAGUAUAUAGGACAUGAACAAUUCCGUCGAUCAUUGUUAACUAAACGUUUAUGUAAUUGAAAUAAGGUAAUCUCAUUUUGUUAACAUCAGCAAUUCAACAUUUUUCUGCCAUCAGAAGAUAACAACGAAGAUAACAACAAUAACCCCAUUAAAUAGUUUUAUUCGACCUUAAACUUCAAUGGUCUUACACUUAAAAAAUCUCGACGCUAGCGACCAUUGUUCAUUUCUACGAACAGCAUGCACUCUAUUCAAA